UGAUCUUGAAAAGAAAGGUGGAAUGGCUGCUAUACAUUGAGACGAUCAAGAGUUCACUUAGGAUAAUGAAGAUAGAUUAUAAGCAAUGUCAGAAACAAGUUAAAAUAUGUGUGGAAAUGAAAUGUUAUCAGACAAUGUGAUUAAGAGUACUACGAUUACGUAAUUGAAUGGAAGUUAUGACAGUAUUGUCAUUGUCAUUGAUUCUGGUGUCGGUAAUGGAAAGAAUGGGAGGCUGCUGCCUCACGUAAAUAUUUUCUAAUAACCCAUAAGAUUAUAGAACAAGUGACGAAGUCACUUUAAUAUGUGAAAUGCAAGAAGAGGAGCGGUAACUCCGCAUAACCUAGUGAACAGAUGGAGGAUGCGAAGGAGUCAAGUACGUACCAUAGUUGUAGGUAAAUGAGCAGUGAGAUUUGAAAAAAUUGCUGAAAGAUAUAACAUAUAUCCCUAGUACAAUGAGAAAAUCAUCAUCUAGUAUCCUGUGUUUAAGUGCUUUUUAUUCUCUCUAGUGUCUUAGAGAAUAAAGGGGAGAAACAAUGGAGGGAGGACUUGUAAAUCAUGUUGUUCAGUCUCCUGGAAAAGACAUUGAUGAUGAAGGCCAAAUAGAUACACUUGGUCAUGUGGUGAAAAAAAGCAUGAAACAAACUGCAAAUGACAACAUUGAAGAUGAGCUUGUGAACGAUACUUGUGUUCAGAGGAAAAUUGAGGAUUCCAAAGAAUUGAAUGAAGUGCUGGAUGACAAGGGACCAUCAGAACUGGAUUCCAAAUGUUUGCCAGACGGUGAUCAGUUCACAGAACCAGAGAUUUUAGAUCCCAAUCUUCCUGAUAAAGAGGAUGAUCCAUGUGGUAGUAGUGGUGAGGGAUGAUACCAAGUUAAAGUUGGGUGGGAAACAUCAGGUAGAGCCUGUGAU